CCAGCGACAGAGCUAUAAUGGAUUUUGACGAGCGUGUACCGCUUGGGCCGAAUAUGUAUUUGCCCAGUUGCACGUACUACGUCCCGGGAACAGACUUUUCGAGUCUCCCAUCGUUUUUAUCUCAGACCCCGUCUUCUCGACCAAUGACGUACUCGUACUCUGCUAACCUGCCGCAGGUUCAGUCCAUGAGAGAGGUUACCUUUCGGGACUAUGCUAUUGAUACAUCCAGUAAAUGGCACCACCGAGGAAAUUUGUCGCACUGCUAUACGACAGAGGAGAUGGUUCACAGAGACUGUCUGUCUGGUCCAACACCUCUAGGGGAAAUGAUCGCGAAAAACAAUUCCGUUGUCUACCAUUCGAACUCUAGCUCUACAUCCAAUUUCUAUAGCAGCGUGGGAAGGAACGGUGUGCUGCCUCAGGCUUUUGAUCAGUUUUUCGAGACGGCGUAUGGGAAUGCAGAAAACCGAACGGCCGACAACCCGUUGGACAAAAAUACCACGAAACUGACUAACCCAGGGUCCGGCUCCGACACGUGCCGGGAAACAAGGGGAAGAGAGCGGCGAGAAGACAGCAGCAGUCCAGAGUCUUCUUCCGGCAACAAUGAAGAGAAAUCUAACAGCAGUGGUCAGAAGACACGUAAGAAGAGGUGUCCCUACACAAAAUUCCAGAUCAGAGAACUGGAAAGAGAGUUCUUCUUCAGUGUGUACAUCAACAAAGAAAAACGCCUGCAGCUCUCCAGAAUGCUAAAUCUCAGCGAUCGCCAAGUGAAAAUUUGGUUCCAAAACAGGAGAAUGAAAGAAAAGAAGCUGAACAGGGAUCGUUUACAAUAUUACACCGUCAAUCCUUUGCAUUAGCGGUAUGCAUGUGGACCCGGCUCUUCCCUCUGUGUUGAAACAGAGGCACGACGGUUAAUUUCAAGUUCUAGGAUGUAGAUUCAUUCCCCGCACACAAUGAACCGGAUGUUUCCAAAAGAACUUUAUACAUUUUCCUGGAUGAAAAUAACUGUUUUUUUUAUCCAAAUGUAUAUAAUAUAUUCCAAACAUGUAGUGGGGUCUAAAUCACAAGUUUAAACCUGUUUAAAGUAUUGUCGCCCAACCCCUAUUAUUAUAAUCACCGAACACUGACCUUAUCAUGUCUAUUUAUUUUCGCAUUUAGCUAAAUAUGACAUGUGUACAACUGUUUUGUAUGUUUUAUUCAUUGUGGGUAUACAGUUUGGUGCGACAAACAUAUAUGAUUUGUAACGCCUAAAAGGCAGGUGAUAAUGCUAUAUGAUAGUCCUGUUAUAAUAGUAAUUUUUGUCAGUAGAAUUCAAAUUUAAAUGGAAAGUAGCUUUUUCACAUCUUCGAUGUUCUUUUUUUUAUAUAAAACAGUAAACAAGAGCAAAAAAAUAGAUAUUUCGCUAGCCUAGACAUCAAAAAUGUCAUACGAUGUUCAAACUAAA